AUGUUGCCGAAAACUAACCAGCGCUGCAAAGACUUCAAAAACGCGGCUGAGGACCCGCUGCGGCGGCGCGAAAACGAGCAGUUUCAAAUCCGCAAAGCGGCGCGUGAAGCGCAGCUCGCGAAGCGCCGCGGCAACGCGACACACGCAGAGCCGUCGGCCGGCGAGCUGAGCAUGAACGACGACACUCAGAGCGCAAAGCCGCUCGCAGGCAGCGUGAAGCCGCAGAAAACUUUCGUUUCCGAGAAGGUGCUCGAAGGGCUAUUCAGCAGUGACGACAAUGUGUUAUAUGAAAGCGUGCAGACCGUGCGGCGCAGCCUCUCCAAUGACUACGACCCGCCGAUCCAAACCUUCAUCGACAUCGGGCUCGUCGAGCCGUUCAUCAAAAUUAUGCGCGAGCGCACCGACCACAACAGCCUGCGCUUCGAAGCGGCCUGGACGCUCACGAACGUCGCCUCUGGUUCUAGCUCGCAGACUUCGGCGGUCGUUGAGGCCGGUGGCAUCGCGGCGUUCGGCGAGCUGCUCGACUCAGGCGAUAAGUUCCUGAUCGAGCAGUCGCUCUGGGGUUUGGGCAACAUUGCGGGCGACUGUCGCGAGAACCGCGGCAUGAUCAUCGAGUCGGGCGUGAUCGACGCGAUUAUUCGCGAGACUGGCAACGUCGACUCGCCAGUCUGCACACUCAACGUGAUGCGCUACGGCAUUUGGUCCAUCUCCAACAUGUGUCGCGGCUGCCACAACUUUUCACGCAGCUACGCAACCGCCAUCUUGGAUGUGGUCGUCAAGCUGAUAACCUACAACGACCCGGACUUGCUCGGCGACACGUGCUGGUGCGUUUACUAUUUGCUCGACAACUUCAUGUCCGCGACUAGCGGAAGCUGCGUCGGCACGUUGCUUACGGGUAACGACGACCAGACUGAAAUUUUGAUCCGCUACAACUGCGUGCCUCUGCUGCGCGACCUGCUCGACAGUCCGAAGCGCACAAUUCGCAAGGAGGCGUGUUGGGCGAUCAGCAACAUUGCGGCCGGCACCGUCGCACAGGUGCAGGAAUUGUUCAACUGCAACGUUUUCGCGAAGGUGUGCGAGAUUUUCGCAGACGGCGACUUCGAGUCGCGCCGCGAAGCAGCUUGGACUAUAUGCAACGCCGCCAACGGCGCGACCGUCGAACAGAUCGAGGAGCUCGUACGCAUUGGAGUCAUCCCGCCCCUGUGCGCAAUGCUCGCUUCGCACGAAGUGAAGUUGGUGCAUAUCAUGCUCGAAGCGGCGCGCAAAAUCCUCGAGAGCGGCGUCACGCUGAUGCGGCGUAAAGGCCUGCUCGAAAACCCCUUCUGCAUUCUUUUCGAAGAAGCGAAUGCGUUCGAGUACCUCGAAGACAUGCAAUACUGGGACGACAAGCCGCGCAUCCAAAGCUUAGCCGUCAACAUCAUCCAGGACUUCCUCGACGUCGUAGAGGACGAAGAGGUGCGCAAAGAAGAGCCUGCUGAGGAGCCGGCUAUGUUCGGCGGCAUGAUGUGA